AUGUACAACGCCAACGACCACCACCAUGUGGUGCAUAUUGGAGGCGCCGAGUUUGUGCCGCCGAUGAUGACGCACUUUGCGCACGUCCCCAACCUCACCCACUCGCUCUCGCCCUCGUCCGAGUCUUCGUCUUCGUCAUCAUCACAGCACACGUCGUCGCCCACACAAUCGCGCUUCUCGUCGUCUUCCUCCGGCUCGGGCGCAUCGGCAGCCGACUCUCUCGAAGAGUGGGACGCCGUCCAGGCACACCUCGCAUAUGCACGACGCAUGGCGGACCACACAGCCUCGAUGUGGCAGCGCGAACGCCUCGCCAUCGAGAAGGCCAAGCUCGACGGCACAUAUACGGGCAACAUGACGUCCAGGCAGAACGGCAACGCAAGGCCGACCGAGACCAAGGCGACGCCAUCAGCGUCCGCGGGGAGCAGCGCAGGGAGCGAGAAGAAGGGGAGAAAACUCGGCGGCCUGCUGGCCUCGCUGUUUUCGCCAACGGAAUCGGAACCCGCGUCGAGGGGUCGCUCUCGUCGUCGUUCACACGCUUGA